UCUGCAGCUCGCCCGCCGGCGGCGUCCUCCUCGUAAUUUCCCUCCUUAUCGAUCUUCUUUUGCGGGGCGUCCAUUCUUCACCGCUUUCGUACCGUAUUCCUGCCUCCGCCUUUUGGUGACCUCUCCCCGCUCCGGGUUCGGGAGCCGCCCCCUCCGUUUCUCAGCUGGGCUUCAGAAAGAUAGGAAUGCAGAUUUCUAGAAGAGAGGAAUUAAGUUGGAACUCUGCACCUAGCACUCCAGAUUGUAAUUGAACCCCCAUUUUGUGAUUACUGUAAAAGUUGGUGGCUCAUUUGUUACAGAAAUUUAACUACGUUUAUCUUUACAGCUAUUGGAAAGUGAUUGUUUUGAAGUAAUGCCCACAGAAAGUGGAAGCUGUGCCACUGCUCGCCAAGCCAAGCAGAAAAGAAAAUCUCACAGUCUUUCUAUACGAAGAACCAACAGUUCUGAACAAGAGAGGUCAGGAUUGCAGAGAGAGAUGCUGGAAGGCCAGGAUUCAAAGCUACCAUCAUCCAUUAGAAAUACACUUCUGGAACUUUUUGGUCAAAUAGAAAGAGAAUUUGAGAACCUCUACAUUGAGAAUCUUGAAUUACGCAGAGAGAUUGAUACACUUAAUGAACGCUUAGCAGCUGAAGGCCAAGCCAUUGAUGGAGCAGAAUUGAGCAAGGGGCAGCUGAAAACAAAAGCCAGCCAUAGUACCAGUCAGCUGUCUCAGAAAUUAAAGACUACUUACAAGGCAUCAACAAGCAAGCGCUCAAAUUCUUUCCCAGGGAGAUCAGGUGGACCUCGCAAAUUCCAUGUGGGAAGCUGGGAAAUAUGGGGUGGCGACUCUUGGAUAGUCUCCAGUUUCAAAACAACAACAUCCAGAGCAAUAUGUCAGCUAGUGAAAGAGUAUAUUGGUCAUCGAGAUGGCAUUUGGGAUGUCAGUGUCACAAAAACUCAACCUGUGGUCCUUGGGACAGCAUCAGCUGAUCAUACUGCUUUGCUGUGGUGCAUAGAGACAGGAAAGUGUCUUGUCAAAUAUGUUGGACAUGCUGGAUCAGUAAAUUCCAUAAAGUUUCAUCCAACAGAACAGGUGUCUCUUACAGCUUCAGGGGAUCAGACAGCUCAUAUUUGGAGAUACAUAGUGCAAUUGCCCACCCCUCAACCUACCACAGACUGUAAUCAGCAAAUGUCCGGUGAAGAUGAAGUUGAGUUCUCUGAUAAAGAUGAGGCUGACGGAGAUGGAGAUGGCUCUAGUGAUUGUCCCACCAUCCGAGUUCCUUUGACUUCCCUAAAAAGCCAUCAGGGUGUUGUCAUAGCAGCUGAUUGGCUGGUUGGAGGGAAGCAAGCAGUGACCGCUUCAUGGGACAGGACAGCCAACUUGUAUGAUGUAGAGACAUCUGAACUUGUGCACUCUCUGACAGGACAUGAUCAAGAACUUACACACUGUUGCACUCACCCCACCCAGCGCCUUGUGGUAACUUCAUCGCGUGACACAACUUUCCGUCUAUGGGAUUUCAGAGACCCUUCUAUUCACUCUGUGAACGUCUUUCAGGGCCAUACAGACACUGUGACUUCAGCUGUUUUCACUGUGGGAGACAAUGUGGUUUCAGGUAGUGAUGAUCGUACUGUGAAAGUUUGGGACUUGAAAAAUAUGAGAUCACCCAUUGCUACUAUUCGCACAGACUCUGCAGUAAACAGGAUUAAUGUUUGUGUUGGGCAAAAAAUCAUUGCCCUUCCACAUGACAACCGACAGGUUAGAUUAUUUGACAUGUCUGGAGUGCGAUUAGCACGUCUUCCUCGCAGCAACAGACAGGGUCAUAGAAGAAUGGUCUGCUGCUCAGCAUGGAGUGAAGAUCAUCCAAUAUGCAACCUCUUCACUUGUGGAUUUGAUCGUCAGGCUAUUGGAUGGAACAUCAACAUCCCUGCUUUGCUUCAGGAAAAAUGAGAAGUUCUCCUCAUGUUUCCCUAGUUUUAUUGCCACAGACUUUGUGCAGACUUUCUUGUGAGCUGCAGUCAGUAUAAAAGGCGCACUUUGAAAAGGGCGGUGGGUGGAAUUGCAAAUAUUGUUACUGCAUUGUGCACAGUUGCAUGAAAUGUACAGAAAAAAAUGUGACCUUUUCAAAGAAGUUAGGCCAAUGUUUCUGAACCGUAGCGACAUUAAGGCGUGUGAAUUUCAACUAGAAUUCCCCAACCACCAUAGCUAGCUGGGAAAUUCUGGGAAUUGAAGUCCACACAUUUUAAAGUAGCCAAGGUUAAGAGACGUUGAAUUAGGUUCUUGUGUAUGAACUUUUUUUUAUCUUGAUAUCCACCGGUGUCUAGAAGGACACUUAGCUUUACUAUGGAGCAUAUAUGUUCGCAGGUUACUCAUUCUAGUUGAAUGUUAGGGCAUUAAGCAGCUUAAAUAUGAAUUCUAUGUACUUCUCAUGAAAAAUAUAUAGUUCACCUUUCCCACAUCACAUUACACAUUUGCCCUGUGGAUAAAAGAGAAUAUAAAGUUACUCUUUAAGAUGAAGGAGGGAGCAGUUUGCUAUAAUGGGUAGCUGAGCUUUUCUUGCAUCUAUAUACAGUAUGAUCUGAAGAUUUAAAUAUAGUAUUAAUUUCAACUCCUAGUAUAGCUUAGUUACUGAAUUAAAAACAAGGGUCAGGGAAGAAAACUAUAAAUAUAUGCAUCAGAUAUAAAAUGUUGGAUUGCCAUAUUGGGAAUACUCCUGUAGGUUUCAAGAUCUAUUUAAAUUAUUACACUCCUGGUCUGAGGAACCACUCUCUGUGUCAGAUUCUCACAUAAGGCAAAUGACAAUAUUUUACAAUCAUGCAAAUCUGAAUAAGUUCUUAAAGCACUUUAGUUUAGAUAUAAACCCCAAAUAUCCAGUUACAUUUCCUGGAGAAUGUGAGACUUGUAUCUAAGAAGGAUUUUUCUUACUAGGUUUUUGUGAAUAUUUUAAAGCUGGUGAGUAAAUCUUGUUAUUAUACUUGUUUUUAUUUUUUUAAAAAUACACCGAUGUUUUAAUGUAAAUUGACAUAAUUCUCUUUGAGCCAGGGACAACACAAGGCCAUGUCCAAGCAUUCUGCCGGACAAUGGGCGUUGCUUCUCUCCCUUCCCUCUCUCUCACUUAAUGACCAUUCUUGAAAAGAAGAAUUUUAAUGGGAUAGGUUGCUUGCAUUACCAAUUUUAAACUAAAUUUUAAGCUAAAUUACCAAAGAUUACCACAUUUUAAGCUAAAAUUGGAACAAGUUUAAUAAAAUUUUACCAUGCUAAAAAAAAUCAGCUUAAGAAAUAUAUAUAGUCCCUGUUCAAUCCAAUUCUCUAGGCCUUCCUUAAAUUCACACCAGCACAUGCUAAGUGAGCAUUAUCCUACAUAUAUUUGCAAGAGCAUUUGGUAGCCACUAGUUGGAAGAAAAGUCUGAAAGUUGUACUUGAAGUUUCACAGAUGAACGCAGAAAACGAUUCUCUUUACUGUCCAUUAUUAUAUAGAGUGGCAUGCAAAUUACUUAACAAAGAGUUUAAAAUUAAUUUCCAUAAAUCAGAGAUGUAGAAAGUAUGGCUUGUGGGACUUAAUAUAGCUUGCUAAGAUCUGCUUUGUGCCCAGCAGAGCUCUUUUUUAAGUAAAUGGUAACAAAUAUGCACAUUUAAUAGUGUUUGAAGCAGAAAAUGGUAUCUAAUCCUUCAGAUGGUGAAAAUACUUAUUCCCUCUCUCCAAGCUUUGUAACUACCUCCCAUUCAAGCUACAGGCCCCACCCAUUUUUAAAAAGUUGGCUUUGAUGUGCUAUAUUAACCUAUAUGUGGCUCUCCAUUUCAAUUCCUGCAGUAGGGUAUUGUGAAUAAUCAUUGCUUCAAUUACCCCAUUUUUCUUUAGCUAAAGUUGUCUUCCAGUAGUUCUGCAAAGUAUGAAUUUCAGAGGCAAAUGUUCCUAGAGAACAGAGUAAAUAGGAUGAGAGACAAGGACACUAUUUAUAAGGGAACUGAAAUCCUAGAAACAUAUGAGAUAAAAUGAUAGGAUAUCUAUGUGGUAAUGGCUAUCUCAGAAGAGGUUUUAAUUAUGAAGUGUAUAGAAUCUUAACGUUGUAGGUAAGGAGCUAAUAAUUGAGGUUUAUGAUGGUUAUCAAAUGUAGAUUGUUAACCAAAUAAUGAUCUACAAAAGCAAGAACUUGUAUGAGCUAUGAAUAGCUUUGUUGUGCAUUUUGUUAGUAGUAGUAGUAAUAACAAUACUAUUUUACAGUGUUUGCAAUGCAAUCUCGGCUUUGCCAGAUGGAGUGUCUGGAGUGGAAACCUGCAGUGAGAGAGCAACCAUAUCAUUUCAUCCUCCUGACUGUUUUUGGCUUUUGCACUGAUGUUAGGACAAACCACCACAACAAAGCAUACAUAUGGGUGUAUGUUGACAAUGGCUUCUUGAACUCGUAUAUACUCUGAGAGCAAGUUUCCUUAGUUACUUGGCCUUGUGAAAUCCCAUCAGGGGAAUCUGAUUUCAUUUUAUGGCAGUAGUAUGAGUAAAACAGUAAAGCUUUAAAAAAAAAAAAAAGGAAAGGAGUCCCUGCAGAUUUUACUCUGCUAGCCAUUGUUGACUAGAGAGGAUGGGCCUCAUCUCUGUUUCAAGGCUAUUGAGCCAGCACUGUCCAAAGACAUUUCCGCAGUCGUGGCCAGCAUGAUGUCACAGAGCACUAUAGUAUGAGUACAUAUCAUUUUUAAUGGAGUUAUAAUCCUGCCCACUCAGUGAUGUCACAUCUGCAUUUCCUCCAGAAAUGCUGUAACAUCUUAUUGCCUGACCCAGAAAUGCUUUUGUUUGGUCUGUAAUUGAUAGAAGGGGGGUUGUUGAUUGUUAGCUGUUGACAAUGACGCUUUUGUCCCGUGUUUUGAUUUACUGUUCUGUAAAUUUUUGACUUGAGGUGUAGGGGCAUCCAAUGAUCACACAGUAUUCUAGUUGCUUGGCGCCACUUCCUCCAUCCGGCAUUGACAUGAGUGCAGGUAUCCAGAAAGCUAUUGCUGUCACUGCAUAUGAGGGAGCCAAGGAAUAGCUUUAAAUUCUUCAGGUCUUCACCACCAAUGCUGAUGGUUCCAUCAGUUUGGGAGCAACUGCUAUAUAUUCCAUUUUCUUGAUGUUCAGUUGAAAUCCAAAUUUGCUGAGCUGUUCUUUAAAAUUGCUACGUUUGCUCUUCGGAGUCUUCCUUUUCAUUCACCAAGAAGACAUCAUUGGUAUAGAAGAACGACCAUGGAUGGGACGAUUGGAGGUCAAACAUCACAGUGCCCAUGCAAAGGAUGAAUACUGUGGGAUGCGAUCAAAGGCCUUUUCCAGGUCAAGGAAUGUCAUGUGGAUGGACUUGGAGUUCUCACAGUGCUCUAAAAGGAACCAAGCAGUGAGAAUGGGAUCCAUUGUUCCCUUUCACAAAGCCACAUUGGUUUGCAGUAAUGGAGAAGUAAUCACUCCAUUGGUGGAGGAUGACUUGAAGGAGUCGAUGGUCCUCAUAUGUACUUGAUUUGGCCAAUAUCUUAAAUGGCUUGAUGACAUGCCUUGGCCAAGAGGCAGAUUUUCUUUUUUCAUUUUGGGCAUGUCCAACUUAUCAUAUAUGUAGUCGUAAUAAACAACCUUGGCUGUUGCUACAGCUCUCUGGCAACCGAUUUUUGCACCUUGUCAUGCUGGAGAUUUUUAUUGAUGUGGGACUGGAACAACAUUUUUAAUAGCUUCUUCACAGCUAUUUGCACUUCUUCAUUCCUCCACCAAGUUUGUUUAUGGAUGGCUCAUUUCCCUGGCUUUGUGAAAUUUGUGAAAUUCAGCAUUGAACAUUCAGCAAACAACUGAUCAACAACUUGAAGAAGCACAAACGAAUAGUUGUCCUGUCUCAGAAUUGUUAGAGUACAUAGAACUUAUUGAUAAUUGGGUGAAUAAGGAAAUCUUCCUUACAUUUUUAUUAUUUGGAGCUUAGUUCACAUCAAUAUUCCCAAUGAUGUAGUUUUCUAAAAACCUACAUAUGGUGUGUGAAGCUUCCAUUUGUCUGAGCAGUAAGUGCUAGCGGUGGCAUAUGAAGCCCCAUUUGUGCAAGUAGUGGGCGCUGGCACUGGUGCUCAGAACUCCAUUUGUGUGAGCGGCGGGCACGCCCGCCACUCAUAUAGAACCAUUCCCUCACCCCCUCCGCUAGUCCGCCAAGCUAUAAAGGUUGAGGAUUGCUGUUCUACGUGAUAACUCCAUUUAAAAAUGAUAUGUACUCAUACUCCUUACAGUCCUUAGCUAAUGUAUGGUUUUAUUUAAUUUGAGAGUUGGUUUGGGAAGGUAAGAAUGGAUUUUUAUUGACAUGGACUAGGCACUGAUUUAUAAGACUUUAAAAUAAAAUAGAGGUGCAUGAGAUUAUCACUAGCUGCUAUUGGCUAAAGGACCGACUUUUCACAGUGGAGAAAGCUUGUUCUUUCCUAAGCCACAACAUGGCUAGUUUUUGAGGAGCAAGUUAGUUGCUCAGCUGCUGCAAUAUCUCAAGGUUUUAAUGGAGGUAAAAGAGCCACAAAGAGCUGAAGCAUUACUGAAAAACGUGGUUAAUGGUCAUACAUUUCACAUUUUAUGAUCUCCAUCUCGAAUGUUUUUAGCAACUAUUGUGUGAGGGUAUUUUAAUUAUGUCAUAUAUUUUACUAGGAGGGAAAGUAAUUGUUGCAUAUUUUCAAAUUGGAGACCUCAUUUUAGAGAAGAUGGCUGUAUACUGGGCAAAUCACAAAAUGCAAUGUUUGUCUGUCUUUUUCUCUAUGUAUACAUGUUCUUUAAAGAGUGCACAUUAUUUUUUUGAAAAUAAAAAAAUGUAAUUUUCAGAAUCUAAAGAAUCUUAUUUUGAUGCUUAAGAUUUUGAAAACCAGUUUCUCGAAGGAAAACUGUAUGUAUCUCAAUGUAGAACCACUUAUUUGUGUGUGUUUUUGUUUAUAUUUGUUUACUGAUAUUUAGUGAUUGUGUUUUUCAGAUGUUCAGUGUUUGUCCUUGUUGCAAUCUGAAAUGCCAUUAAAAUAUUCAGCAGUU